AUGGCACCGAAGGCAUCCAUGGCUUUGCUCUUUCAUCCAAAGAAAACACCAAGGAAGGAAACACAAGUAGCUUCUCCAAAGCCAGGACCCUCAAAUUUAAACAAGGCAAAACCUGUGCCCAAAGUUGAGGACGAUGAAGAUGAGGGCCUCAAACUUCCCGAGGCGCCAUUUAUGGAAUUUAAACUGUUGUCCUCAGCUCUCAAUGGAUGGAGAUAUGAUAUCAUGAAAUUUGAUUCUCGUCGCCCCGUGGACAUUCACAAAUGGACUCCACCCGUCAAGUUGAAUAGAAAAGACUUGCGGCGGGACGAAGGUAGCGCGAAUGCUCCUCCUGAGGCAGUGGGACCUAUGCUUGGUGCGGACGGAAAGCCUGUCAUUGGAGUAGAUGGAAAGAUGGUUAUGGUGGAUGCUGAAGGGCGCCCUAUCCAUCCCUCAGGUGCUGCCGGUGGAUCAAAAGACAAGGGCAAAGCUGGAGGAGCCAAGAAACGAUUUCAAAGGAAGACUCGACAGGUGUUCUUUGUCCCAGAUGAAGUCCGUCAGCUGAGGAGGGAGGAAAGAUAUCCAUGGGUAUUGGAGGAUUCUUCUCCCACCCAGAACGAGGUGUGGACAGGUCAAAUGGACGACGCCACUAAAGCAGAGACACACGCACUCUUUAUGCCAGCGGCAAAUCAGAACUUCAAGUUUGUUCCAACUCACCGAUGGUACAAAUUCCAAAAACGCCUCAAACACGAUUUGCCUACCGACCUCGUAAAUGUGGAAUCAUUGUACAAUCAAAAUCAGAAACGCGAUCCUCAACAAUGGCUAGCUUCGCGCAAGGGUAAAGCUGUAUCUACCGCUACAGCUGCAAUGUUCAAAGCUGAAAGCGGGGGUGGAGGAGGGUCAGGCAGCCAGAGUUUAGGUCCAGGAGGUCGCAAGCUCAAGGUGGUGGAUAGUGGAAUGGAUCAUCUCUUCGAUGACGGUGAAGACGGUGACGGUAGUCAAAGACGCAGAAAAAGGGAACUAGGCGAAGAUGGAGAUUUAGAUGAGCAAGUUUUUGAGGAGGACUUUGCUGAUGACGAUGAAAAGAUGGAAGUCGACGAAGACGAUGAAGAGGCUAAAGAAUUAGAGGAACGGCUCAAGAAGGAAUAUAAGAACGCAAAUAAAACACGCGAGGCAGGCGUGGACGAAUCCGAUGACGACGAAGAAACUGGCCCGACUAAACAACAGAAAGCCAUGCAGAAGUUAAUAAGAAAACAGGAAGGCAAUGAUGCCUAUGACUCAGAAGAUGAGCAGAACCCUUACUUCUCCGGCGAAGAAGAGGAAGAAGAAGAGGAGGAGGUCGUCGGAACAGCCACCGCAGCCAUACAAGAACAACAACAACAACAACAGUUGGAAUCGAGGUCACAGACACCGAAGCCAACUGCUCGCCCUGUGGUUAAUGGCGGUACACCUGCGCCGGGUUCUCGGGCAGCUUCUCCUACUGUUUCUCCAGGACAUGGUGGACACUCUGUGGUUGCCAAGCGUGCGACAAGUCCCAAAGUACCGAAACCGAAGGCGAAUAUUAGUAGGGGAAAUAGCCCUCUUGGAGGUCAAUCACCACUUGGAGGCAGCAGGGCAACGAGCCCUGUUGCUGAUAUGUCCAAUGACCAAAAGACGGGAAUGAAACGAAAAGCCGAUGAAUCGCCAGAGAAACCUGCCACCAACAAUCCAGUAAAUGGCGGAGUGCCUAGUAAACCAAAAAAGCGCAAGCCCGCACCCGCUGUUUCUCCAAUCACUGUUUCCCCGGCAGAGCUUGAAUCAAUGCUCCUUGCGUGGUUAAAGAGCACUACAAAUGCAACUACUAGGGAUUGCAUUCAUCAUUUCACGCCUUACCUUACCGACAGGGAGAAAAAAGACGAAUUUUCGGCCAUGGUUCGAAAGCAUGCCUCACUAAAGGGUGGUAUAUUGUCUUUAAAACGAGCAGGGUCAUCAGCACCUUCACCGCCUGCUAGUUGA